AUGACGACACCAACAGCCUUCGCCGACUAUGAGCUCAAGGAGCGGCCCCAGGAUCCCGUCUCGGCUAUGGCCUUCAGCCCCAACCACGCGCCCGAGCGCGCAGGGCAGCUCCUCGUCGCCAGCUGGGACCGCCUCGUACGCCUCUACGACCUCUCCUAUGCCCAGGACUCGCAAGGUGUACGCCUUGUCCAGGUCUUCGAGCAUGAAGCCGCCGUGCUCGACGUAUGCUGGAUCAACGACACCUUGGCCGCAAGUGGAGGCUUGGACCGGAGAGUGAGGCUCCUCAACCUCGAGACGGGACAGACCAACAUCCUGGGCAAGCACGGCAAUGCCGUCAGCCGCAUCCGGUUCUGCCCGCAGACCGGACUGCUGAUCAGCGCGAGCUGGGACCGGACGAUCCAGAUCUGGGACCCGCUCUCGUCUCCGCCGCGCCACCUCCGCACGCUCUCGGUGCCGGACAAGGUGCUGGCCAUGGACCUCUCGCCGCCCUUUGCCUCCUCGCCCGCCGAGACCAGGCCCGUCUCGGCGUCGGCCAACGGCGCAAGGGUCGAGGUGGACCGCACCCCGCGGCUCGUCGUAGGCAUGACUGGUCGCGGCGUCUGGAUCUACGAGCUGGACAAGCUCCGCCAGACGCUGGACCGCGCCCAGGCCGGCCAGGAGGUCAAGGAGAGCGACUGGGAGCCCGAGCAGAAGCGCGAGAGCAGCCUCAAGUUUAUGAUCCGCGACAUCCGCUGCAUGCCCGCCGGCGACGGGUACGCCACCAGCUCCGUCGAGGGAAGGAUCGCCGUCGAGUUCUUUGACCCCACGCCCGAGGCCCAGGCCAAGAAGUACGCGUUCAAGUGCCACCGCCAGGCCGUCGACGGCAUCGACACCGUCUACCCGGUCAACGCCAUGGCCUUCCACCCGGUGCACGGCACCUUUGCCUCGAUCGGCGGCGAUGCCAUCUGCAGCAUCUGGGACGCGGCGGCCAAGAAGCGGAUCCGGCAGUACCCGCGGUUGCCCUCGCCGCUGAGCGCCGGCUGCUUCAGCAGCGACGGGAUGCGCCUCGCCAUCGCCAGCGGCGCCGAGAACAUCGAAGACACGCGUCAUCCGGGCCCCGGUGCGGGCGAGGUGGGCGAGGUGGGCCGGGGCGGAGAGGGCAACGUCCGGAUCCACAUCAAGGCGGCCUGGGAGGAUUGCAAGCCAAAAGUCAGGCCCAACCCGGCGUCCUAG